AUGGCAGCCGAAAAGGAGCAAGAGUCGAAGAAGGAGGGGAAGCAGGAGGCGAAGAAGGAGGGGAAGCAGCAGGAGAAGCAGGAGGGGAAGCAGCAGGAGAAGCAACAGGAAGAGCAGGAGCAAGAGCAAAAGCCAGACAAUCGGCCGCCGUCGAUAGUCUGGGGUCCCUCCGCGCCCAAGCCAUUGACCUUGACUUUUGGCGAGCUCCUCGACUAUCAUGCCGAAGUUCGCGGGAACAAACCGGCCGUCAUCUCGCAUGUCCAAGGCACGACGACUACCUUCAAACAGCUUCGCGACAGGAGUCUGUCCUUGGCGCGGGCCUUUUCGCAGGAUGGCAUCAAGAAGGGCGAUCUGGUCGCCAUUUCCAUGGGAAGCCGGGUGGAGUACUUUGAGACCUUCUUUGCCUGCGCCUAUCUGGGUGCUGCGCUCGUGUGUCUGAAUUACGCCUACACUGACUACGAGAUGGUCGCCUUGCUCAAGAUCCUCAGUCCCAAGAUGCUCGUGGCUCCGCACGGAUUUCAAUUCUACGACUACACCACCCUCUUCCCCAAGCUCGAAAAAGACGUAAAGUCCAUCCAGAAGUAUAUCUUGGUCCAGGAUAUCGCGGGCAAAUACAAGCACAACGGCAAAGCACCGAAAUUCCUGGACUACGAGCUGUACAUCAAGCAAUACAGCCCGUCGGCAAGAGCGCUGCCACAGGUCCAUAUCUCCCCGCACGAUAUGGUGAACGUCGAGUUCACAUCUGGAUCCACCGGCUUGCCGAAGAACGUGGCUCUUUCGCACUACAACAUCAUGAACUGUGGCCGUUUCAUUUGGCAGCAAGUUCGGAUGACUGACGAUGAUCGCGUCUGCCUUCCCGUGCCACUGUUUCACAGUUUUGGCAUGAUUGUCGGUGUCAGCUCCAGUACCGUGGCAGGCUCGGCAUUGGUCCUCCCGAGCGAGCUGUUCAAUUCCAAGGCCGCGCUAGAAUGCAUUGGAAAGUACAAGUGUACGGCCGUGUACGGAGUGCCGACCAUGUUUGUCAACGAGAUGGCACACGCAGACUUUGAGAAGACCGAUCGAUCUUCCGUCAAGUUCGCCAUCAUCGCAGGUGCAGCCAUGCCACCGGAACUCCUCAAGCGCAUCGUCAACAACUUCCCUGUGCCCCGCCUCUACACUUGCUGGGGCAUGACCGAGCUGUCCUCCUUCGUUACAAUGAUGCACGAAACCGACCCCUUUGAUAAGCGAGUUCAAACGGCCGGCCGGCUCUUCCCCAACUAUGUGGCCAAAAUCGUCAAGGCCGGCACUGGCGAAGUCGUCCCGUGGGGCGAGAGAGGCGAAAUUGUCGUCAGCGGCUUUGGGCAAAUGUCCGAGUACUUGUGCAACGAGGCGAAAACGAAGGAGGCCCUUAAGUACCACGAGCAAGACCUCGAACCCGGCGGUGUAGGAGGGCUGGGCAAUGGCACGGUGCUGCGCCGGUGGAUGCACACGGAGGACGAGGGCUACCUCGACCCCGAAGGCUACUUUGUCAUCUCCGGCCGCAUCAAAGACAUUGUCAUCCGCGGCGGAGAGAAUAUCUCGCCCAUGGAGAUCGAAGAGCGUCUUAUUGAGCACGAGGCCGUCGAGCAGGUCUCCAUUGUCGGCGUGCCCGACGAGAAGUACGGGGAAGAAUUGCUGGCGUUUGUGGAGAUACGGGGCGACGUGCAACAGCCCAGCGACGACGAUUUGCGGGAUUUUGUGCGCCAGAAGUUGGCGCGCUUCAAGGCGCCCAAGUACUUCAGGUGGAUUGGCAGUGGCCAAGAGGGCAUCCCGGACGAUUGGCCCAAGACGAUGAGUGGGAAGAUUUCGAAGCCGGAUUUGAGGAAGCUGGCGGGGAAGCUGGAGCUCGAGGGCAAGCCAAAGGAGUAG